CGGAAAUUCAGAAAGCUGCUUUAGAUAUCUAAACAAAAUGUCUUCGUGCGUCGAGAAACUCAUCCCAUCGUCAUGCGUCUGUCCGCUUCCAUGUUCAUGCAGCCGCGCAAAUGUCGUUGCUGAUCUACUUGGCGUAUCUCCGAUGUAUCAUCAAGAAGAUACCGCUCGUUGGAACUCGGCCGCUUGCUUUUACCAAGUUAUGAAUGAUUCGCGAUCAAUGUCACGUCUUCAGCAACCUUCAGAAGAUCGGAAAGUCAGAAGCGCGUAUCAUUCACCGGAACGUGACUCGAAUCGUCGCACUCAUCUAGGAAUAGGAGGAAGUAUGCACAAUCUAACGUUAUAUCAGCCACGCCCCACUUCGAUGAGCCAAAAGGACGAAGCAGCGGAGUGCAGAUCCAUUUUGUUGCUUUUUCCUUCCAUCGAUGGUGCUCCGGUCUUGAAUCAGUAUACCUUUUCUUUAUUAAGAAAAGUGUGCUGAGCUCCGUGGUCUAAGGCUCAGAUUGAUUUCGGGUCUAGGAAAAGUUAUCCGAGAUGACUUUGGGCUUUUCAGCUGUUUUUAUGUAAUUCUUCAGUG